AUGGUUGAACAGCAGCCCGUUCCGUCCGCUCAGCUCGAUCACAUCAUCAUUCUCCUCCCUCACCGGGACCUGCUAGACCCUCCCCCCUGGAUCACCUCCAACUUCACUCUCAGCCCUGGUGGCCGCCACGCCGAUGGAAAGACGGAGAACAAACUCAUCGUCUUCCAGGACGGCACAUACAUCGAGCUUAUCGCUUUCAUUGAUGACAGUCCGGCCUACAAGGAUGGUCACUGGUGGGGCGACAAGCGAUACGGAGUCAUAGACUGGGCCCUCACGUCGUCCGAUGUCCAGGAUGUCAGCCGUGUCUCGGCUCGAUUGGACGAGUGGAGAGGCAAGCAGCGGGAUGGCGGCUUGACCGCGUUUGCAUACACACGACCCCAGCCGGGUGGAAGACGCAGACCCGAUGGUCAAGAGAUUGCUUGGUUUGUGACAUUCCCUGAAGGUGUCAGAAGGGGCGUGGCCCCGUUCUGGUGCCACGAUGUCACCGCCAGGGGCCUUAGGGUAUCGGCAAGUGCUCAGGGCCUGCUCCACCCCUGCGGUGCUCUCGGCGUCAGUAAUAUUGCGGUCCAAACGCCUGACAGCGCGCGUCUGCACGGCGCUUAUGACGCCAUUCUGGCGCGUCCGGGAAAUGCUACUGCCGACAGACACGGCUUCGACUGGAUUGUCGAGGCCCCUCAAGUGCUAGCCGCCUAUCCAACGCCAAAAGUGACCUUGCGGCCGCGGUCCGGCGAUCAGCAAGAAAACGACUCGGAAGCAAGAAUCACGAUUGAGCUUGUGGUUGAGCCAAGCAGUGGAUCCCGGGUACAGAGCCCGAUCGAUGAGAGAGUUGGCUCGCGCGGAGAAGGUCACAUUGAGAUAUCCUUUUUGAGUGCGGAGAAAGGCGGUCCUCAGUAA